AAUCAGACUCCACUGAGGCCUUAAGUAGCGCAGGAGUAAUCAUCGGCAAUGGAUGGCAGGCCUCAAGCCUGACCGCACAUCACUGCCUUUGUGACCCAUUCAGACACUGGCUGCUGGGCACUGACUGGAUAUCCAUGUCAGUUUCUCGGGCUGUUGAGGUCCAGCCUGGUGAAGAAGUCGUGUUGCAGUGCACCAACAUUUCUGCAUAUAAUAAUUUAACAUUCUGGUUCAGACUGAUCAGCAGAACAAAUGCCAGCUGUAUCGCAGUCAUGUACAGUGCACAGAGCAUUUCAUACUGCGAUGGAUUUCAAAGCGGAUCCUUUGAAAUGAGCUCCAACAUCACUACUGUCUUUCUCAAAAUCAAACAGGUGGCUGUAUCUGACUCUGGACUAUAUUUCUGUGGAUUUUACACACGUGGACGUCCACUUUUUAGCGUGAAGCAUUUAAAAGUUCAAGGCUAUGAUGAACUUGAUGAUGACAUCAACAACAUGUCUCAAAACAUAUCUGGUGACAAAAUGGAGGUGAUGUGUGUGAUCUUUGCUGCUCUGACCGUUUUCUACAUAAUGUUCAUCACUGGGCUGCUUGUUAAAAUCAAAAAGCAUCAGAAAGCUCAAGAUGAACAGCAAGAUCAACAACAGAGUGAGAAUCUGGGCUCUGAUGACUUGAACUAUGCUACAGUGACUUUUGGUCGAAAACCACGAAGAAAACAGCCUGAACCAAAUGUUGUGUAUGCAGCCACCAGAUAGAUUCAGGAAGCAACUGAACUGCAGCUCCGAGUGAAACCGAUGUCCUUUUACUCUGCUCUUUGUGACAGACCUGUGGGGGGAGUUGUUACUUUACUUUUCAUUUUGCAUUGAAGACCUGUUUGAUCUGAAGAAUAAGAUUUGUGUUUAAAGAUGGAAGACUUAAGUUACUUAUGUCUGUUUGGGUCACUUGUGUGAUAGAAUAUGGAGCUGUGGGAGAUUUAGUGAGCUACACGGUUUGUUUGAUGGGGAGAAUCAACACAGUAAAGGCUGAGAACAGCUGAUAUUAAAAUCCUGACGCCUAUUAGCUCAAAGCUUUGAAAAAAAAAGUAUGUAAAGCUGGGAAAAUCCAAAAAUCACCAUGACUGUGUCAUUUUGCUGC